GGGCGCUCCGUCGCCGUUGCCGCAGUGACAGGACCGGGCCGCUCUUAAGAGCUGGGAAAUGGCGGCGGCUUCGUCGUCGCGUCGCUCCCAGCAGCAGCAGCAGCAGCAUCACCCGCCUCACCACCCGGCCGCGACUCCCGCCUCGCCGCCGCCGCCGCAGAGCCCCAGCCUUUCCCCCCUCGGAGCUUCCCCUCAGCAGAGGCCCAGCCUCGCCGGACCUGAGGGGGAGGCUCACGGGAGCAGCGGCCGGGAGGCGGCGGUGGCGGCGGAGAGGCCUUUCUCCCCGGAGAGCGUCUGCGAGGCCGCCGGGCCUCCUCCCCCUCCGGGCUCGGGCGCCAGCAGCGCCGCCAACAGCAGCACCAGCAGCUCCGGCUCGUCGCCGUCGUCGUCGUCCUCGGCCGCUUCCAGCCCGGCCGCCGCCGAGAGCCCCGAGCCGCCCGCCCCGCCUCUGCAGCCGCCCUCCGCGCCCGUGGGAAGCGGCACUUUCCGGGAGCUGCUGGAGGCCUGUCGCAAUGGGGACGUGACCCGCGUCCGGCGCCUGGUGGAUGCCACCAACGUCAACGCCAAGGAUAUGGCGGGGAGGAAAUCCACCCCCUUGCACUUCGCGGCAGGUUUUGGAAGAAAGGAUGUAGUGGAACACCUAUUACAGACAGGAGCCAAUGUCCACGCUCGUGACGAUGGUGGAUUGAUACCUCUUCAUAAUGCCUGUUCAUUCGGUCAUGCUGAGGUAGUCAGCCUGUUGCUGUGUCAGGGUGCAGAUCCAAAUGCCAGAGACAACUGGAAUUAUACUCCUCUGCAUGAAGCUGCUAUCAAAGGCAAGAUAGAUGUGUGUAUUGUGCUACUGCAGCAUGGAGCUGAUCCAAAUAUUCGAAACACAGAUGGGAAGUCGGCCUUGGAUCUUGCAGAUCCCUCUGCAAAAGCUGUACUUACAGGUGAAUACAAGAAAGACGAACUCCUGGAAGCUGCUAGGAGUGGUAAUGAAGAAAAACUAAUGGCUUUGUUGACACCUUUAAAUGUGAACUGCCAUGCAAGUGAUGGGCGAAAAUUCUCUUUCCAUAGGCAGAAAUCUGUUUUCAACACCAAAGCUAAAAAGGCUACGAUCGCCAUAUUUCCCUCCACAGAAGAUGUCCACUCCAGGUUUUCUGGUGACCUGCUAUUCCCUAAGAGCACCUCAGUUUUCCUGCAUGAAACCAGCAGGGAAUCUACAUCCUUGUCUACUCCGUUACAUUUGGCUGCAGGAUACAACAGAGUCCGGAUAGUCCAGCUUUUGCUUCAGCAUGGUGCUGAUGUCCAUGCGAAGGAUAAGGGUGGACUUGUGCCCCUCCACAAUGCAUGUUCCUAUGGACAUUACGAAGUUACAGAACUGCUGUUGAAGCAUGGUGCCUGUGUUAAUGCGAUGGAUCUUUGGCAGUUUACCCCAUUACAUGAAGCCGCUUCUAAGAAUCGUGUGGAAGUUUGUUCUUUGUUACUCAGCCAUGGUGCAGAUCCAACGUUGGUCAACUGUCAUGGAAAGAGUGCUGUUGACAUGGCCCCAACGCCUGAGCUGAAAGAGAGGCUUACCUAUGAAUUCAAAGGACAUUCCUUACUACAAGCAGCAAGAGAAGCUGACUUAGCCAAAGUAAAGAAGACACUUGCCUUGGAGGUCAUUAAUUUCAAGCAGCCACAGUCCCAUGAGACAGCACUGCACUGUGCUGUGGCUUCUCUUCACCCCAAACGGAAACAAGUCACUGAGUUACUGCUUCGGAAAGGAGCGAACGUCAAUGAGAAGAAUAAAGAUUUCAUGACACCUUUGCAUUUUGCUGCUGAACGAGCUCACAACGAUGUUAUGGAAGUUCUUCAUAAACAUGGAGCAAAGAUGAAUGCACUAGACACACUUGGACAAACUGCUUUGCAUAGGGCUGCUAUGGCAGGUCACCUGCAGACGUGUCGCCUCCUGCUGAAUUAUGGUUCGGACCCCUCCAUCAUCUCCUUACAAGGUUUUACAGCAGCGCAGAUGGGCAACGAAGCAGUGCAGCAGAUAUUGAAUGAGAGCACUCCUGUACAUACAUCUGAUGUGGAUUACAGACUGUUGGAAGCCUCUAAAGCUGGAGACUUGGAAACUGUGAAGCAACUUUGCAGUCCUCAGAAUGUGAACUGCAGGGAUUUGGAGGGGCGUCAUUCAACCCCAUUGCACUUCGCUGCAGGUUAUAACCGAGUGUCAGUCGUGGAGUACUUGCUUCAUCACGGAGCGGAUGUGCAUGCAAAGGAUAAAGGUGGCUUAGUGCCCCUCCACAAUGCCUGUUCAUAUGGACACUACGAAGUGGCAGAGUUAUUGGUGAGACACGGGGCAUCUGUCAACGUCGCAGAUCUGUGGAAGUUCACACCGCUACAUGAAGCAGCAGCAAAGGGGAAAUAUGAAAUCUGCAAGCUCCUUUUAAAACAUGGAGCAGAUCCAACAAAAAAGAACAGAGAUGGCAACACACCUCUAGACCUCGUGAAGGAGGGAGACACAGAUAUACAGGACCUGCUGCGAGGUGAUGCAGCUUUGUUAGACGCUGCCAAGAAGGGCUGCCUGGCGCGAGUUCAGAAAUUGUGUUCUCCAGAAAACAUCAAUUGCCGAGAUACCCAGGGACGAAACUCAACUCCGCUGCAUCUUGCUGCUGGUUACAAUAAUUUGGAAGUUGCUGAGUAUCUUCUGGAGCAUGGUGCUGAUGUCAACGCUCAAGAUAAAGGAGGAUUAAUUCCACUACAUAAUGCAGCAUCCUAUGGGCAUGUGGAUAUAGCUGCUUUGCUGAUUAAGUACAAUACCUGUGUAAAUGCCACAGAUAAAUGGGCAUUUACACCAUUGCAUGAAGCAGCACAAAAAGGAAGGACGCAGCUGUGUGCCCUACUUCUAGCUCACGGAGCAGAUCCAACAAUGAAGAACCAAGAAGGCCAGACACCUUUGGAUUUAGCUACAGCUGAUGAUAUUCGAGCCUUGCUGAUAGAUGCGAUGCCCCCAGAGGCCUUGCCAACCUGCUUUAAACCUCAGGCUACUGUUGUUAGUGCCUCUAUCAUUUCGCCAGCAUCAACUCCAUCCUGCCUCUCUGCUGCCAGCAGCAUAGACAACCUUGCAGGACCUCUGGCAGAAAUAGCAGUGGGAGGGGCGUCCAAUGCUGGUGAUGGAGCAGCAGGAACAGAAAGGAAAGAAGGAGAAGUUGUUGGACUUGACAUGAACAUCAGUCAGUUCCUGAAGAGUCUUGGUCUGGAACAUCUUCGGGAUAUCUUUGAAACAGAACAGAUUACCUUGGAUGUACUGGCAGACAUGGGACAUGAGGAGCUGAAAGAAAUUGGCAUCAAUGCCUAUGGGCAUCGUCAUAAGUUGAUAAAAGGUGUAGAGAGACUUCUAGGUGGCCAGCAAGGCACCAAUCCUUAUUUGACUUUUCACUGUGUCAGCCAGGGAACUAUCCUGAUAGACCUUGCUCCUGACGACAAAGAGUAUCAAUCUGUGGAAGAAGAGAUGCAGAGUACCAUCAGGGAACACCGAGAUGGUGGCAAUGCUGGGGGGAUCUUCAACAGGUAUAAUGUCAUCAGGAUUCAAAAGGUGGUGAAUAAGAAGCUGAGGGAGAGAUUCUGUCAUAGACAGAAAGAAGUCUCAGAAGAAAACCAUAACCACCACAAUGAACGCAUGUUAUUUCAUGGGUCCCCUUUUAUUAAUGCUAUUAUUCACAAAGGAUUUGAUGAAAGGCACGCAUACAUUGGAGGCAUGUUUGGAGCUGGGAUUUACUUUGCAGAAAAUUCCUCUAAAAGUAACCAAUACGUAUAUGGAAUUGGGGGAGGCACAGGUUGCCCCACGCAUAAAGACAGAUCGUGCUACAUCUGCCACAGGCAAAUGCUCUUUUGUCGUGUGACGCUGGGGAAAUCCUUCUUGCAGUUUAGCACCAUGAAAAUGGCCCAUGCCCCGCCUGGGCAUCAUUCAGUCAUUGGCCGGCCAAGCGUCAAUGGACUUGCAUAUGCUGAGUAUGUUAUCUAUAGAGGAGAACAGGCUUACCCCGAGUAUCUGAUUACAUACCAAAUUGUAAAGCCAGAUACUCCCUCACAGACAGCAACGGCCGCAGAGCAGAAGACCUAGUAAAUGCUGUUUUGGUGAAACAAAUCAGAUGACUUUAAUAACUUACGGACUGGAUGGAUGACAUUAGUUUCAAAACAUCAACGUUUUAUGAAAUGCUUGUCACCCUGGAACUAAGCUGUAUGUGUUUUAUAAAGCAUUGCUCUAUAAACAGAUGUGAGUAGCGGAUACGUACUCAAUUGCUACUAUUCCUUUUGAGGAAAUGUUUACAAAGGUUUGCCUUUUAACAACAUAUCUCAGGCUCACUUUCCCUGCAGUUGCCAUGUGUGUGACGACAUCAUUGCUUCAAUCUGGGUGUUUGGGAACAUUAUUUAACAAGCAGGGCUAGGUCAAGACCAUAUUUUUAAAAAUAAAUUCUGACGCCACUGCUCUGGUUGUGUGAUGUGUGCGUAGCUUGUAUUGAACCCAUGCCGCCUUUUCAGAGUUGGUUGUCUUUUCGAAAAGUCCUUAGUUGGCUAUUUAUUUUACUUCCCCCACCCCCCCUGCCCACUGUCUUAUGAAAAUGAGCCAGGCCCUUCUUGAGGAUAUUUUUUGCACAAAGUCAAAUUGACUAAAAUCAAUGAACAAUGCAAUAGGAAUUUCUUGUCCAAGAAGGUGUUAGAGAUCUAGUUCUUCGGUUUGGGAUUCUUUUUGCACUUUUUAUGAACUCUUCUUUUUUUAUGCUACUAGAAGCGUAGUUUCAGGGUAGAAACCCCUCCUUUUGAUCCUCUUGAGUUCCUCUUUCGAUAGGAGGAGUUCAUACUAGUAUUCAUGUAGCAACCUCAUUUUUAAAACGCCCCUGUCCUCGAAAUGUAUGAGUUACUUUGCUAGGGUGAACACAAACGGAUAAAUCGGCCAGAGGAACCUGUGUUUAAUGGCAUGUUUCAGUCACGGCUUUCUCUCUGGAAAGAGAUCGAGCAAUGGGCCUUGAGUUCAGAUACUGCUCCUUCUGCCCAUCCCAUCCCUCUUCACCCCAGCGCUUAACAACGCAGGGAGAAAUAGCAAGUGAACAAAAGCCCCAGUGGUUGUUUGAACUGGACAUCUCAUGUAGUUCUCUCCAUGAAAACGAGCCAGUAGGGGAGGUAAGGGGUGAGCCAGGAGCCCGUCAUUGGUACAAUCCAAGAGAAAAAAAUCUUUCCCACACGGGGGCUGCGAGAAAGUGAAAAUUGUCCUUAAGCUUACAACCAGAAGAAAUUCUAAACUGUUACAUUGCCGACGGUCUCAGUCAUGUGCUGUAUCAGCAACUGUCUUCUGACGUGCAAAUUGUGUGGGGUUUUCUUUUUUUAAAGCACCAAUUGAUCAAGUAGUGUAUUUGCAUUUAUCUAAUCCCAGAAGCCUGACAGUUAUUUUCCCUCCAUUAAAUUUGUCCCCAUAAAUCUUAUUUGUAUGUGAAGAAGCCUCUUUGUGAGCACCUGUCUGUUUUCAGAGGUCUAGCCACAAAAAAAUAAAUUUUCCAAGAGAAGCAACUUUUUUUAAAAAAAAACACCAAUGCAAAAUAGCUUUAGGGGAGAAAGGAAGAAGUUGAAAAUUAAGUAGCAAUAGAGGUUUAUAAAUAGGAUAUGUAACAGAGAGAUUGCAGUGUUUGUUGUAGAAAUAUAACCUUGUAAAAUCUUUAGUCUGAGGAGGUCAACAGCCAAAGAAGGUUGAAUUGCUCAAAUUACAGUUCUUCCAUUAAAGGUUUUUUUUAUUAUUAUUAUUCCUUUAGAGUAACAACAGCAGACUGUUGCAAUUAUUUUACAACAUAUACUGGCAUCUGCUUGGAAAUGGUGGCAAAAAUCUUACCUGCUGACACAGCAAGCACAAGAACAAAACCCAAAAAACCUUUUGGGAAAAAAUGUCUUUGCCAAUAAUAAUCAUGUAGACUUUGACAUUGGUCAAGAUCAGUACUUGAUUCAAGCUGGCGAAAUGACUUCUAAUAUUAAGAGAGACCAGAUGAAACAAGCUUUGACAACUGUGAACCUUUCCUUUUCCUUCUGUUGUUCAUGGCCACUUAAGUCUCGUUGGGUUUGUUGGCUUACAAUGUAGGACUUUGAAGGCCAAAGCUGACCAAAAUAGUUUUCCUUUUAAUUAAGAAGGCGUGUUGGGGCUUCACCGUUAGAAUUCUGAUUACCAUUCAUGUUGGGAUUUAUGUUUUUAAGCAUAGCUGGGGGAAAUAGGGCAACUGCAUUGCAAGCUAAAAGACUUUUCCGCCAGCUUCACGUAGUUGUUAGUCGUAACCCAGCUGUACUUCAUAGUUAAGUUAAAUGGUUAACUUGGAUGUGGAAGUUCAGUGUUCCUUUCUCUCAGGAGAGAGAAGUCCUGGUUCUGUGGUUGUCUUUCUUCUCCAGUGUGCGAGUUCACCUAAUGGAUGUUUUAGAUUUCAUCUUGAGUCCUAACAGCCGGAUUCUCAAACUAUGGCCCCGAUCUUUUAAACUGCCCAUGUUUUGUAACUGAUGUUUUGUGCAGAGUAAAAGGUGCUGUACGAGGAAUUCCAUUUGCAGUGGCUUUUGUCUUGUAGUUACGUGAUUCUGUUAACCCUUUCUUGGUCGGACCUUGAAAAAUACGCAUUGCAUGUUUGCUCCAAGUCUUCAGAGAUCUCAAAGCCUAACAUGGAUAGUCUUAGAAAAAUGAAAUGCACACCUGGUGUUUACUGUCCUUCAGAAUAACAUGAUAGCCACCUUUCUCUUAUACAGGAGCUGGUAUUGCCCCAAAGAACUCACAAACUGGAUUCCUAAACCCUCUUAUUUCGGAAUAAAUUCCAUAGUAAUUAUUUCAGUCCACCUUCUUACUUGCUCUGGGGAGAAGGCCUGGUAAGAGCUUUGGGCAUAAGCGCACCCCUUCCUUCCAACUGUGAAGUCGAAGUCACAAGAAUUGUGUUAUCUUUAAAUAAAUGCAGUAAGAAGAUGCUAUAAACAUUGUACAAUUUAUUAGUUUCAUCCUGCCCUGGGAACGAGGGCUACUAAUGCAUGAGAGGGCUGACUCACUGGGUUGAGAGACCUCAGAAUUUAGUUAACAGACCUCAGUCACAACAUUCUAGAAACACAACAUUAUAUAAUGCCAUUAUCUGCAGAUCCCUGACAGAUGUACUUGUGUGAUGCAUGUCUUGGCAAACGAGACAUUUAUCACAUUGCAUUCUACAUUUUUAGUAUAUAGCUGCAGAUGUAAAUGUGUGACAAAGCCCACGGUGAUUAUUUUUGGAUGCCCCAAGUCACACCAUUUCUGUGACUGGUAUGUUGCUGCUACAGCAGCAAGGUUAAUUUGAUUGCCGAAAAUGGGGUUUGCAAGAAACAAAACGUUAUUUGCAGAAUUUGCCUUUUUUAAAUGUCACAUUGAAUACUUGGUAGAAGAGAGAUGUAUAAAUCUGCACCAUAAAAAAAUGUUUUCAAUGAACUCUCUAAGAGUAGCUGUUUCCCUUUUCCAGGGAACCCUGACAAAUUGUAGCAGGUUUUUGUUUUUUUGAAGAGGGUGGGAUAAUAAAAAGAUGGCAAGUCCCUCUUUUCUGGCUAAAUUAUCUGGGCCUCAUGAUCUUGGGGCAAAACAUGAAUAUUCCACGAGCUAUGAUUUGAACUCCUGAAGUGGUGAGGAUGUGUAUGCAAUUUUUGUUUGCUUUAAACCAGGCAUAGGAGACUCUGGUUUUGAUAGAAGCAACGGUGCUGUUGGGAACUGUACUGUGCUGUUUCCAACUCUAAAUUCUGCCUCUCCCCAGCUGCUGUAAGUCCAGCAGCAGGAAUAAAGCGACAUGUGCCUCUAUUGUAGGGGUUGUGUUUUUUAUUGCGGGUCUACAGGACAGUUUAGAGCAAUGGAAUGACCCAAAAAGGAAGGAUGGGG